UCUUUCUCCGCCAUUUACUCUUUGUCAUGGCGACAAUAUCUUUGAUUUCACGUCGGUUUUUUUGACGACAGGGCGUUUAUUUUCAAAUACAUAGUACAAUAUGGCAGUUCCAGAUGUCUUCCAAACUGAAAUUACUGUUGUUGUUAAGGAGUUAGUUAAUGUUGCCAUGAUAGAAAUCGCCAGAGUUGUAACGUCAGGCGGAGAUGGUGAACUAACAGCAAAUGAGACCUGCAAUGCCCUGUCACAUACAGUGGCGUUGAGGAAGGACCACAUGACACUUAUUGCUUCCAUACUGGGAAUGUUGGGACAAGAGGCUGUACGCAAGCUCAGCAGAGUUUUCACAGAAUGCUGUGCAGUUUUGCAAAAGCAGUGUCAGCAAAGUGUACAGGAGAAUAAAAACCUAAAGAAGACCCUAAGAAACAUGGAGAGGAAGAAUAGUGAAGUUGACUUGAAGGACACAGCACAUCUCAAAGUCCCUCCUGAGACUGAACACAGCAGCACAACAGGAGCAGGCUUGAUAUUUCCCCCCUCUUCUCAGACCAUCCCAGAAUCUAGUCUGAUGAAGACAAGCACCGCUAAGAAGGAACUUCUUGAAAGACAAAUUGGCUCAAAUGCGGUCCUCAUAAGCAAGGAUUUGGAAGAUGAGUCAAGUGAAGUGGCCAUUAUUAACAGAGAGAAAGAAGAUGUUUUUGAUGCUAACCAAACUGAUGCCCAGAACAGGGCUGCUGAAGAGGAUGCAGCUGUACUUAGUCUGCUAGAAAGGGAUAACUUAUCCAAAAGAAAGGCUUUUGUAGUAAGCAUCAGUCUCACUCCACCAGACCUCUCCUCUCAAAGUAAAUCUAAUGCUGUUGUGAACCACAGAAAACCUGAAAAACCACAUAGCUGUGCGCUGUGUGGAAAGAAGUACUGGCAUCUGAAAGCUCUUAACAAACACAAAAUGCAACAUGAUCAAAAAUACAACUGUGAGACCUGCGGUAAAAUGUUCAACAAAGAAAGUUCUCUGCGAUUACAUGAACUUGUACAUGCCAAAGUGAAGCCUUUCACCUGCACAAUAUGCGACCAAGGUUUCACUAUCCACAGGAGUCUGGUGAGCCACCAGCGAAUUCACACUGGAGAGAAACCCUACAUGUGUGAGACCUGUGGAAAGGGCUUCAUUCAGUCAGGCCAGCUUAAGAUGCAUGAGAGAGUUCAUUCAGAGGCAAAGCCCUUUAAGUGUGACAAGUGUCCAAAGGCCUUCAGGAACCCAGGCACACUGAGGUUGCACCAGGUUGUUCAUACAGGUGAUAAGCCAUAUAAGUGCAACAUAUGUGAACGAAGGUUUGGGCUGGCUGUAAACCUUAGAAGACAUCACCUGAUUCAUACAGGUUUGAAACCAUAUGUUUGUAUGGUGUGUGGCAAAAGCUUCAACCAGAGGAGUAUCUUGAAAGGUCACAUGCAGGUGCAUACUGGUGAAAAGCCUUUCAUGUGUGACAUUUGUGGCAAAACCUUUGUUUACAAUUAUGCCCUAAAAAAUCACAUGCUAACACAUGAUGGAGUCCACAAGCAAAGACUGAGAACCAGUUUAGAAAGUUCAAGAAACCCUCAAAGGUGUGAUGUGUGUGGCAAAUGCUAUAGUUCUGUGGCCUCACUGAAACUCCAUAAGCAACUCCAUACAGGAGAGAAACCAUUUAAAUGUCAAGUGUGUGGCAAAGCCUUUGCUCAGAAAAGCGCAUGUACGACUCAUCAAAAGGUUCACACAGGAGAGAAGUCUUACAAAUGCGGCUGGUGUGCAAAGUCCUUCAGUCUGUCUAAUUCACUGAGGGUGCAUGAACGCAUUCAUACUGGGGAGAAACCAUACAAAUGUGACUCCUGUGGAAUGGCUUUCCGUAUGGUUGGGAAUUUAAAGAGACACAAGCGUGUACACACUGGAGAGAAGCCUUUCAGCUGUGAUAUUUGUGGGAAGAGAUUCGGCCAGACUAAUAAUGUGAAAGCACACAUGCAAGUCCAUACGGGUGUGAAGCCAUAUUUUUGUCAGAAGUGUGAGAAGAGAUUUGCCUAUGUUAGAAAUUUUAAAGACCAUAAAUGUGUUCCAUGUUAAAUUUCUUGUUAUCUAUGUUGCAGACAGAAAUGUGUUUUUAGAAUUGCACUUUUCAUGUAAACCACAGAAUGAUUUAUGGCUGAAGAAUGUUAUUAAGAAAAAUAUUGCUGGGGGCCGUGUUUGAAUUUGGGAUAGAUUUUGUUCUCAUCAAAAAGCCACACAUUAGAAUCUUUGAUUCUCAUUUAGUUAUUGGAUAACAUUUCAAAUAAAAGAUGUAUUUCUACAUUAUAAGGGCAUACCAAUUAUUACAUUUCACUUCAGCCCACAUAUGAAACAUUUCUUAAAUUGUCUUUAAGUUGUUGUAAAAAGUUGGAACAUUGAAGGAAUGUAUAUAAAACCAGAAUGUAAUCUGCAAAAAAUAGUAGCAAGCAUCAAAUGUUGGAAGUGACCAAUUUGAUUGUUUCAUGGAAAAUAUAAGCUACUUUUGAUGUCAGCUUUUUGUCUCCAAAAGGCUGCUACUCUGAUAGCACUUAGCUAGCCCAGUUUAUUCAUUAGGAUCCAAACAGAGAUGAAGUUAGAAGCGACCAAACACCUCCAUGUUUUCCCUAUUAAAAUACAGUUACACGAGUAGUCACACGACCAAGUAUGGUGAGACAAAAUAAAACAUGGUCCAUUUCUAAGCAGGUAAGAGGGAUAACUAUAUUGUGUGGCAGAAUAACAAUUGGGAGCACUUCGGCCCAGCUCAGUAAUAUCCUCACUCCAAAGUGAAACUGAAAGUGCAAGAGUCAAAGUCAAAGUGCUCCCAAGUAUUAUUCAGCCACAUAACAUAGACGUGACGCUACGGGAGAUGGAAGGACAGAGCUUGCGGCAGCUCUGUCAUGUGUUGCACCAACAUUUAUGAGUUCCUGUGCAAGUUCUAAGAAGCUGUCUCCUUGAACAAAAUAAAAUGGCAGUAGCCUAUUGUUGCUGGGCUAUACGUCUUCGUGAAUAGCUAACAACUCAUCAUGAAGCAUUUGAAGUUUUCUCAUUUAUAUCAUGUUUCUAUUUUGGAAAAUAUCGUUUCACUAGGUUUUAUGUGGGCUAGGUAGGCCACUGCACAUAAUUGUGCCCUUAACGACCGUCCGUCUCCAUAGAUAACAUAGGAAAACUCGACCGCCGGCGUCGGGCUGCGGGCCGGGUUCGGGUAGAUAAUUCAAAUUUAUGUGUCGGGUUACAUCGGGCUCGGGCUUUGAAAGCCACGGACCGGGUCGGGUCAGGUUGUAAUUUUCAGGCCCGUUGAGAACUCUAACAUAGUUUACCUCUGCCAAGGAGGUAUAUGUUUUCAUCGGGGACCGGCGUUUGUCUGUCUGUUUUUGUUUGUUUGUUUGUCUGUUUGUUAGCAAGGUAACUCAAAAAGUAAUGGAUGGAUUUCGCUGAACUUUUCAGCGAAUGUCAGGCAUGACCCAAGGAAGAAACGAUAAAAUCCGUAAUUCUGUCGGGAUUCUGGAGCCGUUUAUGUAUUUAGCUUAGUGGUGUAAUGGCAUGCUAUGGCCACGUGGUGGCGAUCUGAAUAGUUUAGGUUCAAAUGUAUGACAACCUAGGAAGAAGAAGGCAGGCGGAGGUAGCUGCGCUCUCUGAGUGCUUUUCUAGUUUAAUAUGAAAAAAUGUGUUCCUUUCAUGUCAAAACAAUAUACAGUCAUGGUUGAAAUUGUUGGCACCCCAUGCUAAAGUUGACUAAAAAGAGGAAUAUAAAAUCAUCUUUUGGAAAUUGAUUUUAAUGGCUUAAGUAAUAAAAUUAGGAAAAAUCCAACCUUUAAGGACACGCCAAUUUUCUUUGUGAAUGAAUAAUGUAUCAUAAAUAAAUAAAUGUUCUUCCCAAAAUACUGGGGUCAAAAAUAUUGGCACCCCUAUGUAACCCUAUGGGAAUUUAACACAUAUGGUUAGGCAGUUUUUUAUUUUUAAAGGCCACUUAUUUCAUGGAUCCAGGAUACUAUGCAUCCUGAUAAAGUUCCCUUGGUCUUUAGAACUAAAAUGUACCCACAUCAUCACACACCCUUCACCAUACCUAUAGAGGCAGGCAUGGUGUUUUGUUCAGUUAGCCUAUUAGCUUGUUUGAUUGUUAUGGAUUUCAUAGUGGAUCUGAAGUUUGUAUUUACGCCAUUUUCUUUCAGUCUUCCUACACUCUCUUAUGAGGAGUUUAACUGCAGCAUU